AUGUCACUCGAACAUUACAACCUUGCCGAGUUUGACACAUUCGAUCUAAGAGCAUUCCUGGCGUCGCAUUGUUCUGAGCUGACGACCCUCGUUCUUUAUCAACACGACGACCUGCAUCAUCACUAUCGCGAUGAGCAGCAACGAGGAAAAGGCAGCGCUGUCAACAGCACUCCGACAACAAAGUUGCCAGGGGACCAUGCUAGCAACAACGGAAUAUUACUCAAUGCCGAAACAAUCCUGGAUGUGACCAAUGGCCAGCUCGUCUGUUGUACGUUUGCUAUUUCAACGGGUGAGCACCCCAUUCUCACCAAUGUCGAAUUGCGUCAAAUCGAUGACCUGGAUGAUACUGUGCUCACAUCAUCGAUAGCUUCCAUGCAUCAUUUACAAGAACUGAAGAACGACGACCGUAGUAGUGGGUCGUCGUUGCGAUCAUUGACUCUUAAGGACACAACCGGGAAAAACCAUCACCUCACGCGUUUUGUCAUCAUGGUCGACCAAUUAGAAAAUCUACGAGAAUUGAUGCUCAAGGUGGGGCUCAGUGCAGCGGAACAAUUUCUCGCUGUUGGUUACAAUAUCAAUCCAAAUAAGAGUUGCUCAGAAGACUUGAUGGCUCUUUUGAUUACAAAUGCUAUUCAUACUUACUACGAGGAAGGGGGCUUGAAGAGCAGCAGCGGCAAGGUCGACAGUGGCGACAGCAUCAUCGAUUUCAUCAAUACCAAAGCCGUUCUCUAG